AUGCCUCCAUCCGCGCCUACCGCCCUCAUAAUCCCCGCUGUCAAGAAGCACACCGCAACCGUCAUCAUGUCCCAUGGCCUUGGUGACAGCGGGGCAGGUUGGGCCUCUCUUGCAGAGAACUGGCGGCGCCGCCAAAAGUUCGACGAAGUGAAAUUCAUCUUCCCCAAUGCUCCGUCUAUUCCAAUUUCCAUUAACAUGGGUAUGACCAUGCCCGGUUGGUACGACAUUAUUACAUUCGACGAUGCCCAAGCAGGCCAGGACGAGACCGGAAUCCUCAGAUCGCAACGUUAUUUCCACAGCCUCAUCGCCUCAGAAGUUGAGUCCGGUAUCCCCUCCGAGCGUAUUGUCCUUGGCGGUUUCUCGCAGGGUGGAGCUAUGUCCAUUUUCUCGGGCGUCACAUCGGAGAAGAAACUUGGCGGGAUUUUUGGAUUGAGCUGCUACUUGCUGUUGCAUUCAAAACUCGACGAGUUCGCAAAGAAUGGGGCCAACAAGCAGACGCCCAUAUUUUUGGCGCAUGGGGAUCGCGAUCCGAUGGUUAAACCGGAUUGGGGGAUACGGACCGCGGAGGAGUUGAAGAAGAAAGGCUACAACGUCGAGUUGAAGAUGUAUCCGGGACUGCAACAUUCGGCAGAUCCGCAGGAGAUCGAUGAUCUGGAGAAGUAUUUGAACGCGAGGAUACCACCACUGGGAGACAAGUCGCCCCUGUGA